ACAUACUUUUAUUUCGCUCAAGACAUGUCUGCUCCCGAACAGCACCACGAAGAAAUCGAUGAUCUCGUUGAAGAGGAAUACCUUCAAGAAGGCGAUAUUCUCGAAGAAGAAAUUCCUGAUUUAGAUCAAGGUGAACCCAUGGACGAUGACGACGAAGAGGACAUGGACGAUUCAGCAGAGGGCUUCGAAGUCAGACCCAACGACGAAAAUACCGUCGAGUUAGCAGACGACUCCGUGCAAGGUUUCUUUGACCACCGUGAACCCGUCUAUGCCAUUGCUAUGCAUCCUACCAGUAACGGUAUUAUUGUCAGUGGUGGUGGUGACGACAAGAGUUAUCUCUGGCGUUGUGAUACCGGUGAAAUGAUGAAGGUCCUGGACGGUCAUACCGAUUCUGUCACAGGCGUUGCCUUCAGUUGUGAUGGCAAAUACGUCGCCUCCGCUGCCAUGGAUGGUAAAGUCCGUGUUUGGAAUGCAGAGACUGGUGAUUUCUGUGUAUCUGUAGAUGGUCCCGAUGAGAUUAUUUGGAUCGAUUGGCAUCCCAAGGGUAACAUUUUGUUGGCUGGUGCUAAUGACUCUACCAUUUGGAUGUGGGCCAUGCCUAGCGGAAAGUUCAUGAACAUCUUCAACGGUCAUGCAGGUCCCGUGACAGCGGGUGGAUUUACACGCGAUGGUAAAAAGAUUGUGUCUACAUCCGAAGAUUCUAGCUUUAUCGUUUGGGAUCCCAAGACAGCUGCAGCAGAAUUCCGUUUGACAGGUGAAGAUGCGCGUUUCCAUGUGGAUCCCAUUACCUCUGUGUGUGUCAACAAGGAUAGCACAUUGGCCAUCACUGGUGAUGUCGCUGGUAAAGCACGACUUGUCAACAUCAUGAACGGCACUAUUGUCGCUUCGUUGGAAAACCACACGGACUCUAUCGAGACAUCGUCGUUUUGUGAUGUGCUUCCUUUGGCUGCUACAGGUUCAGUGGACGGUACGAUUUCUAUCUGGGAUGUGCAAACCUUGCGUCUGCGUGCCACAUUACAACACGAGGAUGCAGUGGUCAAGGUGAAAUUCGUCAAGAAUUCACCCAUGCUCGCUACAUGUUCUGCUGAUCGCACUGUGAAAAUGUGGGAUGCUCGUACCGGUCAAUGUCUCAAGUCUUGGUCUGGUCAUCGUGAUACCGUACUUGAUAUCGCCGUUGCCGAUGAUGGUAAUGUCAUUUGUUCUGCUUCGGACGAUGGUACUUGUUUAGUAUUUAGCAUGUAAUUUUUUUGUAUACUUAACUUAAUAAAUGAAGACUGCUUAAUGGGCUGUCAAAAAACAAAUUUGGGUGAUGUUUUAGACACCGAAAAUAAAAAGUUUUUCUUUUUUUUAUCUCUUUUUUCACAACAUUAAUCUACCAUGGGCAAAAGCGAAAUUAAGGAUAAGAAAGACAAGAUUGUCAACAAGAAGGAAG